UUUUUAUCUUCCUUGAAGCUCUUAUACUCCCAUUUCCACUUUCGCUUUCUAGCUGCUUCAUUGUAGACUGUCACUUUUUUCCACACACCAAAUUUGAUUUUUCAAACUUCCACCCCCCUAUAUAAGAGAAAGUAUAUAUUGCCUAUUACGUGCAUUAAUUUCUCUAGGUCUUCUUUGGAAUAUAUAUAACUUCAAACAGAAAGAGAGACACAGACAUCAGAGUCUUGAAGCUUUGGUGUUUGCAUUUAGAGGUUGACCAUUUUUCAUACCACACGUUAAAGAAAAAGUCUACUGCUGAAUGGGUCUUUCUCUUUCACUGCUCUUAUCUGCUUGGGAUGAUAUCCUCUCUCUCAUGUUCUUUGGUUCAACAAACGCCAUUGAAAAGGUUGCGAAGAGUUCUAUAAGCUUGGGAAGUACAGAGAAAGAAACAAAUAGCUGCAAGAAACAAGAUUUGAAAGAAAUGGUGGUAGAGAGGUCAUUGAGCUUCAAGAACUGGGAUGCUUCCAAGGAUAAAAAAGCAUCCGAUUCCUCAAAAAAAUUGGUUAAAGUUCAAGAAACAAUUCGUAUAACAAAACCCUCAAUAUUGAUUCCUGAACCAUUUUUGUUCUUUUCUCCAAGACCUAUUAAUGAGCUUGAUGCUGCCGCAACUAGAGUUCAAAAAGUAUAUAGGAGUUACAGAACAAGAAGGAAUCUUGCAGAUUGCGCUGUUGUGGUUGAGGAACUCUGGUGGAAGGCAUUGGAAUUUGCUGCUCUGAGAAGGAGUUCAGUGUCUUUUUUCAAUAUUGAGAAACAUGAAACUGCUGUGUCCAAGUGGACACGAGCUACCACAAGGGCUGCCAAGGUUGGGAAGGGUUUGUCCAAGGAUGAGAAGGCUCAAAAAUUAGCUCUACAACACUGGCUUGAAGCUAUCGAUCCACGCCAUCGUUAUGGACACAAUUUACAUUUGUACUAUGAUAUCUGGUGUGAUAGCAAGAGCCGUCAACCUUUCUUUUACUGGUUGGAUAUUGGAGAUGGUAAAGAAAUAAACAUUGAGAAAUGUCAAAGAAAUGUUCUACAACGCCAAUGCAUCAAAUAUCUCGGACCAAAAGAAAGGGAUACAUAUGAAGUGAUUGUGGUGGAUGGCAAGCUUGCGUAUCGCCAGGCUGAGACUCUUAUUAAUACAACUGAGGGUUCCAAGUGGAUUUUUGUGCUGAGCACAUCAAAAGCAUUGUAUGUAGGACAGAAAAAGAAAGGUGCUUUUCAACACUCAAGUUUCCUAUCUGGAGGUGCUACAAUAGCUGCUGGUAGAUUGGUGGCUCAUGAUGGGGUUGUCGAGGCAAUAUGGCCAUACAGUGGUCACUAUCUCCCAACUGAGGACAACUUCAAAGAAUUCAUCAGUUUCCUUGAGGAGCAUAACGUGGACUUAGCAAAUGUUAAGAGAUGUGCAGUGGAUGAUGAUGAUGCUUCAUUUCAGGUUGCUGGUGAGUAUUCAAAGCAUGAAGAGAAGAAGGGUGACCAAGACAUAAAAGUUGUUGAGGUAGAUGGGUCAAGUAACUUCACAAGCAAUCAUGAAGAAGAAAGUGUAGGUGGUCAAGCAGCCAAAAUGGAAGCACCACCGGUAGUAUUUGAUAUGACGAAGAGGUUGUCAUGCAAGUGGACUAGUGGCGUCGGACCCAGAAUUGGGUGCGUGAGGGACUAUCCACAAGAGCUGCAAGCUAGGGCACUUGAGCAAGUCAAUUUAUCACCUAGGGUUGGUCCAGCCCACUUGGGGAGCUGUCUUCCAAUCCAUUCGCCAAGGCCUAGUCCAAAGCUUCGAGUGUCACCUAGACUUGCAUAUAUGGGGCUCCCUAGCCCAAGGGUAUCAGUCACUUCUGGCUAGUCAGAGCUUGGGAUGCACUGAAAGGCUCAAGACUUCAACUACAAAAGAGUAGACAAAUUGGGCACUUUCUCGUGCUCUUGACAGCAAUGAAAUAGGGAAUUAACUCAACGUUCUUUCUUUUGUUAAUUAAAAGGUGACUUGGUCUUGUUUUUGUACAUAAAUGAGCUAUCUAGUGAAUGAAUAUGAUGUUUGUCUGUGUUUGUUCAA